GCACUUGACUGCCAGAUUGGCUCUUGGAUGGAGAAUCCGCUUGACUCAGCAUUUACUAAAGACCUACUUGAGAAACAAUGCAUUUUACAAGGUCUUCCAUAUGUCAAGUAAUAAUAUUGAUGCAGAUCAGAGAAUAACUCAUGAUCUUGAAAAGCUGACAACAGACCUAUCUGGACUUGUAACUGGAAUGGUAAAGCCAUCAGUUGACAUCUUGUGGUUCACCUGGAGGAUGAAGCUCUUAACAGGUCAGAGGGGAGUUGCUAUAUUGUAUGCUUAUAUGUUGCUCGGUCUGGGUUUUUUGAGAACAGUGACUCCUGACUUUGGUGAUCUUGCAAGUCGACAGCAACAACUUGAAGGAACAUUUAGGUUCAUGCAUGAAAGACUGCGCACACAUGCUGAGUCAGUUGCUUUCUUCGGAGGUGGUGCACGUGAAAAAGCUAUGAUUGAAUCAAGAUUCAGGGAGCUUCUGAACCAUUCUCUACUACUUUUAAAGAAGAAAUGGUUAUAUGGUAUCCUGGAUGAUUUCAUUACCAAGCAACUUCCACACAAUGUUACUUGGGGUUUGAGCUUGUUGUAUGCUAUGGAACACAAGGGAGACCGAGCUUCUAUCUCAACUCAAGGUGAGCUGGCGCAUGCACUACGGUUCUUAGCAUCUGUUGUCUCUCAGAGCUUCUUAGCCUUCGGUGACAUUCUUGAAUUGCACAAGAAGUUCCUUGAGCUCUCUGGAAGUAUAAAUAGGAUUUUCGAACUUGAAGAGCUUCUAGAUGCUGCACAGUCUGGGGAUUGGUUGACUGAUAAACUAUCUUCAUCUACGGAGAGCGAUAUCAAUGUGAAAGAUGUCAUUUCCUUUGUGGAGGUUGAUAUCAUUACCCCAUCACAAAAAUUGUUGGCGAGGCAGUUGACAUGUGACAUAGAACAAGGAAAAAGCCUGCUUGUCACAGGUCCAAAUGGAAGCGGGAAAAGUUCUGUUUUCAGAGUCCUUAGAGGUCUCUGGCCCAUUGUGAGUGGCAGACUUGCCAAACCACCUCAACAUAUUAGUGAAGAUACAGAAUAUGGUUGUGGCAUCUUCUACGUUCCUCAACGACCAUACACUUGCUUAGGAACCUUGAGAGAUCAAAUUAUAUAUCCUCUUUCUUGUGAUGAAGCAGCAAGUAUGACAUUAAAGUUAUGUGGCGAAGAUAAUACAUCUGUUGACACCACAGAGAUUUUGGAUACACGUUUAAAAACUAUUCUGGAGAAUGUUAGGCUAAAUUAUCUUUUGGAAAGGGAGGAAGGUGGUUGGGAUGCUAAUCUAAAUUGGGAGGAUACUCUCUCUCUUGGAGAACAGCAGAGAUUGGGCAUGGCACGCCUAUUCUUUCACAAGCCUAAAUUUGGCAUUCUCGAUGAGUGUACCAAUGCCACAAGUGUUGAUGUUGAGGAACAACUUUAUAGGCUUGCUAAUGAUAUGAGCAUCACAGUUGUUACGUCAUCGCAGCGUCCUGCUUUAAUACCGUUCCAUUCCCUGGAAUUGCGGUUUAUUGAUGGUGAGGGUAACUGGGAGCUUCGUAUAAUUAAGCAAUGACUUGAUACUAGUAUAGACAAUUGGCGGUUCAAGCCUCAGAUAUCGAAAUGGACGAUUCCAACUAUUAGAGUCAAAAAGAAUAGUUAUAUGUAGUAGCCUAAGUUAUUUCAUCAUUCAGAAAAAAGAACUACAUCGGUGUCUUACGUUGUUAUUAAUUUUGCUAGUUGCAUAAGUAUGGCUAAGGAAAGCUGCUGAUCCAUGUUUUGGCUAAUUCAUAAAAUAGGAUCUGAAUCAAGUGAUCGUCAUGAUCAUAUACCUCGUGUAGUUAUAUUGCCAGAAAAAUUAUGAGGAUGACAGAAAAGCCAAUCAUAACUGUUAGAAUGAAGUUGAGGAUUAUUGGAUUGAAUUAUCCAGAUAGAACGUCAAUGUAGUACAGAAAAAUCCUUUGGUGUACAGGUUUACAUUUGUUCUUUUUCUCUUCAGAGGAAUAUUUAUUGGGUUAUUACGCCCAUGUAUUGUAAGAAUUGAAUGCUUGAUUAUUUGAACUGGCUUCGUUAAUAAAAUAGCAGCAAAAGGAUUAUCACCA